AUGGAAACGUUAAAGGACUUCAAGUUUAAAGUCUCAUACCACCCUGGCAAGGCCAAUUUGGUGGCGGACACCUUGAGCCGCAAAAGGACGCUCAAAUUUGCAGCCCCGUUAAUGGUGAGAGAGUGGAACAUGGUGAAAUUUGUACGAGACUUCGACAUGAAACUAACCGUGGAGGAACCGUACGAGGUCAUAGCCCACAUUCAGGUCCAGCCCAUGAUUUUCAGUAAAAUCAUUGAAGCCCAGGAGAGCAAUGAGUUAAUGAAGAAGAUGAAGGAAAGAGCAGGGAAUGAUGCGGAAUCCGAGUGGAGAGUCGGUAGUGAUGGGGGAUUGCGGUACCGGGGCUGCCUUUGUGUUCCAAAUCUUCAAGGACUACGAGAAGAAGUUCUAAAUGCCGCUCACAACUCCAAAUUGGCGAUGCAUUCUGGUAGUACUAAGAUGUACCGGGAUCUGAGGUGA